CAAUAUAUACUAUGCCAACAUAUAAUUUGGGCUUUUAGACUCAAUACCCAACAUACAUCUCGUCUAUCCAUUUUGUCUUUCAUAUUCAUCGUCUUCCCAUACCUCAGCUUUAAGGUUCUGUACUGUAAGGUAAUUCGGUUUUCCAGUCCGCCAUGGCUAUAGCUACUCCCGAGCUUAAUUACUUCAAAUUCUCAAACUCAUGUUCUCGAAAUUCUACUGCAUCGGUCAUCCAUCCUCAACGGGUUCGUUUGCCCCCAUCCCGGCGCGCCCUGGAAUUAAAAUCCGCUGUCUCCGUCGAAUCUCCCGCGCCCACCGCCUCUGACUGCAACGGUGGGCAAUCGAAAUUGUUGCUCGAAGUGAAAGACCUAUCCGCCGUCAUCUCCAAGUCAAAACAGCAGAUUCUAAAAGGAGUUAACCUAACGGUUCGCGAGGGAGAGGUCCAUGCUGUAAUGGGAAGGAAUGGUUCGGGAAAGAGCACAUUUGCAAAGGUCCUUGCUGGGCAUCCGGAUUACGAAAUUACGAAUGGGAGUGUGACAUUUAAAGGCGAUAAUUUGAUUGAGAUGGAACCAGAGAAAAGGUCUCUAUCUGGUCUUUUCAUGAGCUUUCAAACCCCAGUUGAGAUUCCAGGUGUGAGUAAUAUAGAUUUUCUGAACAUGGCAUACAAUGCCAAGAGAAAGAAACUUGGACAGGAAGAACUUGGACCAAUUGAGUUCUAUGGAUAUAUCGCCCCAAAACUUCAACUUGUGAACAUGAAGGUAGACUUCUUGAACAGGAAUGUAAAUGAAGGAUUCAGUGGUGGAGAAAAGAAGCGAAAUGAGAUUUUACAAUUAGCGGUCCUUGGAGCAGAAUUGGCUAUAUUGGAUGAGAUUGAUUCAGGCCUAGAUGUUGACGCCCUUCGAGAUGUUGCAGACGCAGUAAACCGGUUAUUAUCCCCCACAAAUGCAGUGGUGAUGAUUACUCAUUAUCUGCGACUGUUGGAGUUUAUUAAGCCAACCUUCAUCCAUAUCAUGGAGGACGGUAGAAUUGUGAAGACUGGAGAUAUUUCUUUAGCUGAAGUUCUCGAGAAAGAAGGAUACAAAGCAAUUUCAAGCGCAUAGUUCACUUCAUACUUUCUAAAUGAAAUUCUUUUUCCAGCGCGAACCCACCCUCACUCAACUAGUUGAGAGGUUCAGUGUUCAAAUCGGCCCACAACCAUGUAGAGAGAAAACGAAGAGAAAGGCGGCAUAUAUAUAUAUAUAUAUCCACUUACAAAUUACAAUGUAUUAUAUAAUAAUUCAAUAUUGUAAUCUUAUUGUUAAAUAAUACUCCAUCCGUCCCAUUUAUAUUGUCCCGUUUUACCUUUUCGGGAAGUCCCACUUAAAUUGUCUCAUACCAUAUUUGGCAAAGUUUGUGUGGCUCUAAAUCAUUCUUACUUUAUUCUUACUUUAUCGAUUAAUAUCAACCACACAAACCCACUUUUCUUAAUAACCGUGACAUCCUCUUCCGUUCCAAUAUAAAUGGGACGGAGGUAGUAGUUUGAUCGAAGUUGGGAUUCCAAUGUAGGUCUUCACUGUUCAAAUUGUACUCCUGGUUUUUAAGAAAAAAUAGCUAGUUGGUUCAUUACUUCAUUACAAAAGCUAAUAUUAAUAUUGUAUUGGGUUUAAAGGUUUAAUCAACCUUAUAUCAUUAAUGUUCCCAUAUUAACAUAUCAGUUAGUGAGAAU